AUGGCAGUGGAGAGAGGCAGUGUCCAGGCGGAGCAACCGGAGACCGACUGCCCGCGGUCAUCCAUGCCGGAUGAGCUGCAGCAUCCCUACCUGAAGUUCUCCCACUGGAAGUUCAAACUGUUCAGGGUGAGGUCCACCGACGAGGACACCAUGGCCAGCGAGACGGCCCCCAGGAUCGCAACCCCGCCGGAGGUCCUACCCGCCCCCGCCGCUGCCGCUGCCAUUGACCCCUGGUCGGGGGAGGAGGGUCACCUGGGUCUCCCUGGGAGUGUGAUGAAACUGUGUCUGGGGGGGAAGAGCAAGGAGAACGUGGAAGGGCCGGGCCACAGGGUAGAUCGUAAGCUGCAGGAGAUGGACCUGCACAUGGAGAAACUCAGGUGUCUUUGCCGACUGUGUGGCUCCGCUCUGCGGAAGGUGAAGGGGCCGGAGCGCGCGGUCCAGGGGGGUCUGGGGGAAUCGUGCCGGCACGCCCUGAGCAGGAUGGGCUGCAAGUUCACCACCUGGCCGGACGUCAUCCGCAAGGUCUUCAAGGUGGACGUGACGGGGGACCUCGAGAGCGUCCACCCCCCGUCGUUCUGCCAGCGCUGCUGGAUGACCGUGAUGCGCGGGGGGGGGUUCUGCAGCUUCACCCCGCUCCGGGUCCCCGAGUGGACCCCCCACUCGGCCCUGUGCUCCCUCUGCCACCCCCGGAAGACCUCGUCCUUCCAACGACUCGGCCGGAAGAGGAAGAAGAAGAAGAGGGGGCCCUCCAGAGGCAAGACCCUGGCGAAGAGGUGCAAGUGGGACCCGUCUGACGGCACCUCCAGCAGCGAUCGGAGACCUCUCAGACCCGUGUCCCAGCACCGCCACCACCACCCAGGCCCCGGCCUCCAGCCCCAGGCCAGCACCAGAAGGCCGAGGGAACACCGGGUCCAAGGGUUCACCCACUGCCAGAGAGAUCACCUGGGCACCCGGCUCCUCUCGGAGCAGCUGCCCGUGGACCUGGUCCGCUCCGUCACCUGCCAGGUGUGUCACCACCUGCUCUCCGAGCCGGUCCAGGCCCCGUGCCGGCACGUCUUCUGCCACGGCUGCAUCGUCCGGUACUGCCGCGCCCUGGGCCCCUACUGCCCGGCCUGCAGCCAGCCCUGCUCCGCCUUGGACCUCACGGCGCCGGCGAACGUCUUCCUGGCGUUGCUGAACUCCCUGCCGCUCCGCUGCCCCACCAGGACCUGCGGGGAGCAGGUGAGGCUGGACGGGUUCCGGGCCCACUGCGAGGCCCAUCAGCGGGAGGACGAGGGCGGGCGGGGGACGCCGCCGCCGGCCUGCGACGACCUGACCCCCAACAAAGGAGGGCGACCCCGGCAGCAUCUGCUGUCCUUGACCCGCCGGGCCCAGAAGCACCGACUGCGGGGGUUGAGGUGCGAGGUGAACCAGUUUGCGGAGAAGGAGGAAGGUGGCGACGUGAAGGCCGUGUGCCUCACCUUGUUCCUCCUGGCGCUGAGGUCGAACAACGAACACCGCAAGGCGGACGAACUGGAGGCCAUAAUGCAAGCCAGAUGCUUCGGGCUGCACGCCGCCGUGUGCCUGGCCAUCCGUGUCAACACCUUCCUGAGCUGCAGCCAGUACCACAAGAUGUACCGCACCGUCAAGGCCACCAGCGGCCGGCAGAUCUUCCAGCCGCUGCACGCCCUCCGGGCCGCCGAAAAGGAGCUCCUCCCGGGGUUCCACGCCUUCGAGUGGCAGCCGGCGCUGGCGAGCGUCUCGCCGUCCUGCCACGUGGGCAUCAUCGACGGGCUCUCGGGCUGGGCGGCCUCGGUGGACGACGCCCCCGCCGACACCAUCACCCGCCGCUUCCGCUACGACGUGGCGCUGGCGUCGGCGCUCAAGGACCUGGAGGAGGACAUCAUGGACGGGCUGAGGCAGCAAGGGCUGGAGGACAGCGCCUGCACCGAGGGCUUCUCCGUCAUGAUCAAGGAGUCCUGCGACGGCAUGGGGGACGUGAGCGAGAAGCACGGCGGGGGGCCGGCCGUCCCGGAGAAGGCGGUGCGUUUCUCCUUCACCGUGAUGUCCGUCUCCUUGCGCGUGGCCGACGACGGAGAGGAAGCGGGGAACGCUGAGGAGGUGAUCAUCUUCCAGGAGCCGAAGCCCAACUCGGAGAUGUCCUGUAAGCCACUGUGCCUCAUGUUCGUGGACGAGUCGGACCACGAGACGCUGACCGCCGUCCUGGGGCCCGUGUCGGCCGAGCGCAGCGCCAUAAAGCGCAGCCGCCUCAUCCUCUCCAUCGGCGGGCUUUCUCGGCUCUUCAGCUUCCGCUUCCGGGGAUCGGGCUACGACGAGAAGAUGGUGCGGGACGUGGAGGGCAUGGAGGCCUCCGGCUCCACCUACGUCUGCACGCUCUGCGACUCCACCCGGGCCGAUGCCGCCCGCAACAUGGUGCUCCACUCCGUCACCCGCAGCCACCAGGAGAACCUGGAGCGCUACGAGACCUGGAGGACAAACCCCUUCUCGGAGUCCGCCGACGAGCUUAGGGACCGGGUGAAGGGGAUCUCCGCCAAGCCCUUCCUGGAGACCCACCCCACGCUGGACGCGCUGCACUGCGACAUCGGCAACGCCACCGAGUUCUACAAGAUCUUCCAGGACGAGAUCGGCGAGGUGUUCCAGAAGACCAACCCCAGCCGGGAGGAGCGGCGGAGCUGGAGGGCGGCUCUGGACAAGCAGCUGAGGAAGACCAUGAAGCUCAAGCCGGUGAUGAGGAUGAACGGCAACUACGCCCGCAAGCUGAUGAGCGUGGAGGCGGUGGAGGCGGUGUGCGAGCUGGUGCCGUCGGAGAGCCGGCGCCAGGCCCUGAGGCAGCUGAUGGAGAUCUACCUGGAGAUGAAGCCGGUGUGGCGCGCCACCAGCCCAGCCACGGAGUGCCCCGACCAGCUGUGCCGCUACAGCUUCAACUCCCAGCGCUUCGCGGACCUCCUGGCCUCCACGUUCAGCUACAGGUACAACGGGAAGAUCACCAACUACCUGCACAAGACCCUGGCCCACGUGCCGGAGAUCAUAGAGAGGGACGGCUCCAUCGGGGCCUGGGCGAGCGAGGGGAACGAGUCGGCCAACAAACUGUUUCGGCGUUUUCGUAAGAUGAACGCCCGCCAGUCUAAGGUCUUUGAGCUGGAGGAUGUUCUGAAACAUCACUGGCUCUACACUUCUAAAUACUUGCAGAAGUAUAUGGAGGCUCACAAAAACUCUGCCAGGGUUUUGAACGCCUGCUUUGAACCGGCUGUGGCUGAGGGCGAUGUGGAUAUGUGUCUGGAUGCUCCAGGUUUUUAAAACGGCCAAUUAUACUCAUAAUAUACUCAAUAUACUAUCUAUUUUUUAUCAAUUAUCAUGUCUUUCAUUAAAAAGAAUACACAACGUUUUAUACUAUAUUUUGGAUGUGUA